UAUUAUCAUCAGUAAUGAUGCUGUUUGUUUUAUUCUAAUGCAGGUGGUGAUAAGAUGAAGGCCAUGCAGGUGAUUUCCUUGACUCUGCUGUGUGCUCUCACAGCCAGCGCUCAGGUCCUCAGGUUCGGCAGAUGUCCUAAGCCUGCCGUUCAGGCUAACUUUGAUGCAAGCAGGUAUGUUGGGAAGUGGUACGAGAUCAUGAAGCUCCCAACAAACUUCCAGAAAGGUGAGUGCGGCACUGCCACCUACAGUCUGAAGAGUCCUGGAGUCAUCGGGGUUCUCAACAGGGAGCUGCUGGAUGACGGAACCAUUAAUUCCAUCGUCGGCUCUGCCAAGGCCAGGAACCCUGCUGAGCCUGCCAAGCUGGAGGUCUCCUUCACUGACAUUCCAUCUCCCCCUGGUCCCUACUGGGUGCUGUCCACAGAUUACGAGGGCCACUCUCUGGUCUACGGCUGCACCGACUUCGGCCUGUUCCGCAUGGAGCUGUCCUGGAUCCUGAGCAGGGAGCCCACCCUGUCCCAGGAGACCAUUGAGGAGCUGCACGGCAUCCUGUCCUCCAUCGAAAUCAACGUGGACAAGAUGGUCCCCACCAACCAGGACGCAGAUUACUGUAGCGCCAUGAACCAGUAAACAGAGAUAAUCCUGUUUCAGCCUACAGGUCUGUGAGAUACAGGGCAAUGUGGACUCAUGGCAUGACUCACUAUACGCAGUGCGUGGUAUGCCUUGCCCUGUCAAUGUUAUGCAAAGUCGGUGCAAUAAAGCUGUAGAAAGAAAUACAUGUUGUUCGUGUUUUGUCUUUACACCUUAAGCUCAUGUGUCAGUACUACAAUUCACAUUUCACAAUCAUCCUUGUCCAGGUGUUGAGUCCAAAAAACUGUAAGUGGGAUUUCAGCCUCCCAAGGACUCAACACUGUGAAAUAAUUCCUCUGAAAUUUCUGACUAGAUCAGGAAAAGUGCAACAUUUCCCUCUGGUGCAGCUAAAUACUUUUUCUAGUACACAACAAAUUUUAAGUUAACAGUGUUGUGCGUCCAUGGGAGGCUGAAAUAUCAGUUGAAAAGCUAAAUAAUACACACAUUCAUGGUAAAGUCUAACUUUAAACAAGCAAUGCUUUGUUUCAUUCUCACAUACAUUCUUCUUCUAAGCUUCGUCGGGCCUCUCUUUUUUUUCUUAAAUGUAUUAAAUUUUGUUUGUAAUUCAAGAUGCAAGAAACAUGGUGUAUGUUCAGCUGCUGGUUUUAAAUGCAAAACAAAAUGAUGUUCUAUUUUUAAAGAUAAUUGUUUAACAUUUUUGCAUCUUUAUUUUAUGGUUAACGAUAUAAAUGCAGGAACACAAAGUUUCCCAGCGACAUUAAAAGGCGGUAUGUUGGGGUUGUUAUUCAUAUGAACCAUGAGACCAGCAACAAAUGAAGGAUUAGAAGAAGAAUAAACCUAAUUUUGCAAACUAGAAAUGGGUUUUUGUGCUUUUGUGUUCUUUUAAUUCGCAUGUGACCCCUUAGAUUUAUCAAAGUGAGUGGAUUCUGAUCCCCAGAUAGGAAACCACUGCUUUUGACAAGUCAUGAAUGAAUAUGACUAUCCACUGAUGCAGCCAUUUUAGUAAAAGACCGGUCUUUAACAUUACAACAGGAUUACAGUGAUAAAUAAUGAAUAAAUAAUCAAUAGUGUUUUAUCAGACAAACACAGAGGCCCACAGAACCUGUGCUUCAGGUUCAACAAGUUUAUUGCGUUGACUUUGCAUGAGACAUACUUUGAGACGUACAGUCAUAA